CCGCCAUGUCUGGACGAGGAAAGCAGGGAGGCAAAGCUCGCGCUAAGGCUAAGACUCGGUCAUCUCGGGCAGGUCUUCAAUUCCCGGUUGGUCGUGUCCAUCGACUGCUCCGCAAAGGAAAUUAUGCCGAGCGGGUUGGUGCUGGUGCUCCGGUAUACCUUGCAGCGGUGCUCGAGUACCUGACUGCCGAAAUCUUGGAGCUGGCAGGCAAUGCUGCUCGGGACAACAAGAAGACUCGUAUUAUUCCUCGCCAUCUUCAGUUGGCUAUCCGAAACGACGAGGAACUCAACAAGCUGCUGGGCAAGGUUACUAUCGCCCAGGGUGGCGUCCUGCCUAACAUCCAGGCGGUGCUGCUUCCCAAGAAGACCGAGAGUCACCACAAACCUAAGGGCAAGUAGAGUGUCUUCAGCUAGGGCUUAAGGAUAUAAUCCUCGCCUAUCAACUAAA